GACCCGCGUGGUCAGGAACGAGCUCGCAAGCUCGGGCGCGCGAGUAGCCGGGGGCCGGAGGCCCCUAUCGUAGUAUAUAACGACCCCGCGCGAUGUACGUACCGCACGCGAUUGUCCCUUACGGGCAUCGCUACGCCCGUGGACAAACGCGCCCCGCACCGUUCGCACCGUUGUUCCAACAUUGGGAUGUUCGGCUAUGGCAUCGGUGCUGCCGUUGUCCUGCCGGAUCCUCAGACGACACACAGUAUGUGUCGUAGUCACCUGCAAGCGGGCCUUUCGAUGUUAUCGUUACAGCAGCUCUGUUCAGCGAGCCAUUUUUGCUAUUGCAGCAUGCAUUGA